UCCCAGUCCGCACCAUGAGCAACAUUUACAUCCAGGAACCGCCGACUAACGGCAAGGUUUUAUUGAAAACAACAGCUGGAGAUAUUGAUAUUGAGCUAUGGUCAAAAGAAGCCCCCAAAGCAUGUCGGAACUUUAUUCAGCUUUGUAUGGAAGAUUACUAUGACAACACAAUAUUUCACAGGGUUGUACCGGAAUUUAUUGUGCAAGGAGGUGAUCCAACCGGAACUGGGUCAGGAGGAGAGUCCAUCUAUGGGGGCCCUUUCAGGGAUGAAUUCCACUCACGAUUGCGCUUUAAUCGACGAGGACUGGUUGCCAUGGCAAACGCUGGGCCUCAUGAUAAUGGCAGUCAGUUCUUCUUUACUUUGGGUCGUGCAGAUGAACUUAACAACAAACACACCAUCUUUGGAAAGAUUACUGGAGAUACCAUAUAUAAUAUGUUACGACUUACAGAGGUUGAAAUUGGCCCAGAUGAAAGACCAGUCAAUCCACAUAAAAUAAGAACCACAGAGGUUUUGUUUAAUCCUUUUGAUGACAUAAUUCCAAGAACCAGUAAGAAAUUGAAGAAGGAAAAACCGAUGGAAGAAGUAAAGAAGGCAAAAUCCAAAGGCACAAAAAAUUUUAGCUUGCUUUCAUUUGGAGAAGAAGCUGAAGAGGAGGAAGUGGAAGUCAACAAAGUUAGCCAGAGUAUGAAAGGAAAAAGCAAAAGCAGCCACGACUUACUGAAAGACGAUCCACAUCUCAGCUCAGUUCCCGCCAUUGAAAGUGAGAAAGCAAAUUCAACGCCUAAUUCAGAUGAGGAUGUAGAGGAAGAUGGAAGCCACGAUGAAGAGGAUGACAGGGAUAGUGAUGAGAAACAUCAGAUGAAAGAACGCAUUGCACAGAAGUUAAAGAAAGAUACUGAUCUAACUGUUAAAAAACCCACUAAAGAGGAAGAAUCGGAGAAGAAAAGUAGCCGCAGCGAGGAAUUACGGAAAGAAGCACGCCAGCUGAAACGUGAACUGCUAGCAGCAAAGCAAAAGAGGGAAGAAAAUGCUUCAAACCCAAACGAGAAUAAAAUUGAAGAAACGGAGGUAGAAGUUGCCCCAAACAGCAUUGUUGCAGAAUAUCUGGAAGAGAAGAAGAAAUACGAAGAGCUGAGAAAGCAACAGCCAAAAAAGGGGGCUUCUCGUGAAGAUCAGACAUUGGCAUUACUGGACAGUUUCAAAUCAAAGUUAAACCAAGCCAUAGCAGAAACACCUGAAAAUGAAGUCUCUGAGCCUGAAGUGGAAGAUGAUGAAGGAUGGAUGUCACAUGUACUUCAUUUUGAGGAUAAAAGCAGAAAGGUGAAAGAUGCAAGUGUGCCGGAUGAAGACACUUUUGAAAUUUAUGAUCCUCGGAACCCUGUUACUAAGAGAAGAAGGGAAGAAAGCAAAAAGAUUCUGAGAGAAAAAAAGGCAAGGAGAUGAAAUAAAUGUAAAACUAGCCAGAGCCAACUUGGAAAAUUACUGCACAAAUGUUCUGGCUGUGUAGUAGCUAGUGUCCCAAAAUAUAUCACUUACCAUGUGUGAAAAGGAAUCUCGUGUCUAAUCUGGAAACAGUGCUAUCUCCCUUUGUUUUUGUGAAUUCUGAUGCAAAACAAGAAUGUGUUAUUAGAAAAGCCCUGUGGAAUUUUUGGAAAUUAAUGUUAAUAAAAUAC